AUGCCCUUUGCCCUUCCGCCCAAAAUGAAGCGGAAUCUUUACAGGACGAGACUUGAGGCAUUUGCCCUUUGUGUCCUGCUGCUUUGCUGGACAUACGAGACACCCCAGGAGAUCCAAUGGGUAGAGUACUUUGCAGGCUUGGGCAACCUAUCUUCUAUGAUGAAAGCUUCGCACUACACCAGUUUGAGGUUCGACAUCCUAGACCACAAACAGGAAUCUCACAGGUCUUCAAACUAUAUGGACUUUACUCAUUCCUCUGGAUUUGGGCUCGCGAUUCUUGCUGUUCUCCGUUGCAUCCCAGGUGAUUUCGCAUCCCACCUGGGUGUGAAAUGUUCGAGUUUCUCACGCAUGAAUGUCGGGACUUCCCGCAGAAUGGCAUGUGAUGCCAUCGGGUAUUUGGCAUACUCUUCAGUACAGCUUGGUAACAUAUUACUGGAGAGGACAGCCCUCAUGGUCUUGCUGAUCACAGCAAUGGACGGGGUGUGGACCGUUGAGCAGCCCUCGGGAAGUCUUUUGGAAUUUUACCCAGCCUGGAGAGAAGUGGUAAACAGCAUAUUUCGAUGCGGCGGUGACUAUGCCGUCCAGAAAGUGAAUUGGUGGAUGGCCCAUUACAAAUCCAAAACGCCAAAGCGCCAUCUGGCGUUUGGCAAUACGAAAGUAUUGCUAGCGCUAGACAGAGGACGCCUUCGCAAAUGGAAACGAGCUGGGGUAUCCAAAGUACAAACUGCUGUACACUAUUUGGACAAACAGGGGAAAAAGCGCUACAAGGGGACUGCCCAGCUCAAGGGAACGGAGCACUACCCAAUGCCAUUUGCUCGGGCAAUGGUGGACAUUGUAGAGCAGAUGAAAGCGGCCCGGCGUGGAUGUCCUCAGUUGCCGGAAGUGGUUCCACCAUUCCAGGAGGUCCUAACUUGGGACUGGCUGGAAUCUGAUGUAUGGCAAUGCGCUGGCUUAGAUGAUUUGUACAAAUAUUUGAGGGGAGCUUCAGCCCUGAAAAUACCUCAGGACUUGAAGCGGCACUUUCCCAAAGAGCUUUGA